GAUCGGGGGCCUUCUUCGCUUUCCAUCGCCGGUCAGCACUGUCGCUUCCUCUGUCUUCUCCGGCGACUAUCGUCCUAGCCACAUCGUCCCUUCCCUGCUGCGCGGAAGAUUCCGACGGGAGGCAACAGUAGCGGCGGUGACUACCUCCCCAAAUUCAAGGUUCGAUUUCUUUAAUUGUCAAGGUAUUUGUUGAGCUAGUCCUGGAGGACAGCAAGACGAAAGGGGAUGUUUUGGAUGCAGGAUUGCUAGAAUUUAAUGGAUUGAUUUGCUUAAAAUCAUGGGUACGGACCUUAUAUUCGGCGAUAAACGUGGAGCAUGAAAAGAUAACGUCUCAACGAACUAUCAAUGAACGGAAUGUCUCUAUCUACUUCAAACAUCCAAAUCUCUAUCUGUUAGUUAUUCACCCCCUUAGAUGUUGUGGAAAACAUCUAUCAUUUGAUGACGAUUUGAUAGUUAACGGGUUGGACGGAACAAAGCAAAGAUGGAGUUGAAACAAGCGAAAUCCGUCACUCCCGUCGCCACAAGACAUGCUGAGGCUUUACGCGGGUGGCAGAAAGGUUCGAUUUUGAGAAAUUUAGUUUCCCAAUCCACGAAAAUUGGAGCAGUCACCGAAUCAUUGGCUGCCUAUUCCGCCUUUUUCCAUUCUACUCCGUUCUAUUUGGAGAAGCGGAAGAACAAUUGGGGAUCCGUAAGUUCAUUGCUUUCUUUAGAUACAAAACGGUAGAUAUUAAAGUUUUUCUUUUAUAUACUCCGUAUUUGAAUUCUUGUUCCUAGAGUUAAUUAUUUCUUGUUUAGUUUUUUUUCGAAUCCUUAUUACUUAGAAGUCAUUUAGUUCUUACCCUUUCUCUGCGUGGGUAGUAUGAUAACGGGAAAAGGCUGAAUCUUUGACUCAGAGCAAUUAUAUAUGGACAAGUAAAAGUUCAAAAUUGAGUAAAUGCACAUGUUUUAG